UGUUGAUGUACCAGACAUGUCGGUCACUGAUUUUCUCGAUCAACACUCUUGGUUUAGCCAGUCACAGGAUGCGAUAGCCCUGAUGGGGCGCAGUGUUGGACCGCCUGAUGCUAGCAAGGAGUGGAGGUUGUCGUACAGAGAGCUGCGGGAGUCCGUAAGGAGAGUAGCUAGCGGUCUGGCCCGGCGCGGCCUCAGGAAAGGUGACGUCGUGUUGGCGUACAGUACCAACUGUCCUGAAUACGUGAUCCUCGUGCUAGCAGUUUACUCGCUAGGGGGCGUCAUGACCCACGCGUUGGGAGGAUGUCCUGCAGUAUUUUGUUCAUGA